CGCAUUUCGCAUCGCCAUGGAGUAGCUUGGGCAUACAAAACAUACUAUUCAGCAUGUCUAGACCCGAGGAGCAUAGUUUCGAGGAGCGAAAGCGAAAGCGGCCCAGCCAGGAAAACAGCUUCGAGGAGGAAAUCGCCUGGACGACAGCAAGAUGUAACAGACUGCUCAGGACCAUCAAUUCCCGGAUAGAAGCUAUUCGACAAUUGUUGCGACCGGAUAUUCGAGCACCGGAGCCAGCACGGAAGCCUCAUACGAAGUCCAGGAAGCAGAAACCAGAAUCUUUCACUGAUCCAGCAUGGUUACCCACUGGAGCGAAGAAGCCGCGGACUCGGACAUAUGCAGGCAGCAGAAAGGCUAAGGUCUCGCGACCAGUGCGCGGCACGGAAGCGAACGGCAAUGGGAGAGGCCAUAGAAUAUCUCUUCCGAGUCCAUUUUUGAAGCGUGUCCAGAACUUUGACGGCAACCGCAUUCCUUCCAGUCCCCUGCAAGCAGACAUACCGGACCAGACUCGACAGCGGAAAUCUUUCAGACUGCCAGUCAAAAUAGAUGAUCCUGUGGAGAAAGCCGAAGCUGCCCUACGUACUGCUUUCCAAUCAUUUCUGAGCAUCACACGGGCACCGGAGCCAGUGCCCAGGCAGGGAGCAGGAAGUCUCUUGCAGACUUGUCUCCGCAAGGUGCCAGAAUACAUAGAAUCCCAGGAUGAGGCAGCUGGAGAAGAUACGCGAAGUGCUACUCUGGAAGAAGUGUGGUCAUUCUUUGAUGAACUGCUCGAGAUCAAGGGGUCCAGCUGGCAAGGUCUCCGCGAAGUCGUGCGAAGUCAAGGCCUGAAUGCUAUUCGAUGGGCUAUCUUCGAUGGAGUGUUGAGCGAUGAUUGUGUGGAACAUCUCGUGAAUGAUUGCACUCGGCAAGGAGCACAUGCGGAGGUCGAAGCAUUGCUGGAUGAUUUUUACCAACGAAGUGAGGUCGUGACGCCUAUCAAGAUCUCUCUCGUGUGUGGUAUGGGCCAUACAAAGAGCAUGCGGUUUCGCAUCUGGGGCCGGUACAUUGAGCAAGUCCCUGGCAGAGCUCUGGCGCUGAUGAUUGCACAUCCUGGCCUGUGGAACACAAUCCUCCAUUCGAUUGUUGAAGGAGCACAAGACGACGCACUCAAAUUCCUUCAAGUGUGCACCGAAAAUCAUGCUUGGAGCCUCAGCAUAUCACACUCGCAUGAUGCCAAGAGCGAUCACAUGAUGAAGAAUCUGGAUGAAGUUGCCACCAAACUAUUGGUCAUAGCAAUAUCGAGUCUGGAAUUGAAUGGGAAAGAACAUGGGCAGCUUCUGCGCGAUGACAUGUAUCGACUUGCCGUGAGCCUCAUACUUCGGGGAGAUGCUCGGACAGUAAGAUUGGGCACUUCUUUCAUAUUGGGAUCUAUCGUUCUGACUGCGAUCAGUCACGGGCUCCAGCAUGGAACUGGCGAUCAUGCUCUGCUUAAGCUCUAUGAUCAUCCGACACGAGACUUCACCCACAAACGCAAAUUGGUGAGGCGCGAACAGGAAUUUGCUGCCUUGGUCGCCGCAGAUCUUGUCUCUCUACAAGUGAAUGAAGGACUCAAUGUUGUAGAUGCAGUCCUCCUUCACAUAAGAAAAUACAGUGAACAGCACCCUCACACAGCUACAACUGCUGUACUUCGCCAGAUAGCGAUGGAACUCCUCACAGGCCUCCGUAUCGAGAAUGAGAACGUGGACAACGACCUCGAUCAUAGCAUGUACACGUACAUGACGCGAGAGAGACGACAGCCAGACUCACUGCAAACACCACGAGCAAAAUCGCCGCGCUUCGGAUGGGAUGGCAAUCUCUGCGACUGGGUCUGGAGAACUCCGUUCACUCAGCAGGAGGAGGAAUGCGUCGUCCAAAGUCCUGGACUCGAAGCUUUGUUGUGCAGGGGAAAGGAAAAUCUUGAGCCGGAAACUCCUGAUGUGCUGGCGAAAUCUGUCGUCAAAGUCGAUCGUCCACGAGUAGCAUUCGUGCCGAUCGAUCAACCGGACCGCUCGCCUCUGAGUAGUCGUUCGAGGACGGGUAGUCCGCAGGUUAUUGUCGCGAGACCUGUCAAGCGGAGGAAGUCGGGUAGGCUGGAGCGGAAGAGGAGUGAAGUUAUGCAGGAGGAUUGGAGUGAGGAUGAGUUAGCUGUCUAG